AUGAAGGGACCCUCUCCUCACGCCCUGCUGCUGUCUUUUCCUUUCCUCUGUUGCUUCCUCUGCGGGGCUUUUGCUCAGGAGGCUACAGGUGGGGAUGACGCUCUCCGGAGGGGGUUGACAUGGCAACAUAACGGGCAGGUUUUCAGCAUCCUGAGCCGCGGCUCUCAGUACCGUCCCCGUCCAUCAGCUAGGAGGAUAGCAGGGUCACCCCGCCGCAGUAACCCCGUGGUCGUCCUCAGCAGUGGUAAUGACACGGCCCCCGCUGCGUCCCGGGGGUCCCCACGGGUCCCUGCAGCCAGCAGCAGUGCGCAAUUACGCAUGCUGGCGCGUCAGCAGCAGCAAGCAACCGGCGGCGAGGGAGACUCUGCAGCGGUCAGAAGGGAGGACAUGAUGGUCGGAGACGAUCCCUACAACCCAUACAAGUCCUCCAACUACUAUCCCUACUACAACUACUACAACUCUUACUACAGACCCAGACCACGGGUCCAGGAACGGCACGGGUACGGGACCAGCUUUCACCAAAACGGACUCCCUGAUCUGGUUCCUGAUCCGUCCUACAUCCAGAUCGCCUCCUACGUCCAGAGGAUGGCCAUGUACAAUCUCCGCUGUGCUGCUGAGGAGAACUGCCUCGCCUCUUCUGCGGCCUACUCUCAGGAUUAUGACACCAGGGUUUUGUUGAGGUUUCCUCAAAGGGUGAAGAACCAGGGAACAGCUGACUUCCUGCCCAGUAAACCUCGAUAUGCCUGGGAGUGGCACAGCUGUCAUAAUCACUUCCACAGCAUGGACGAGUUUAGCCUGUACGAGCUGCUGGAUGCCAGCACUCAGAGGCAGGUCGCUGAGGGCCACAAGGCCAGCUUCUGUCUGGAGGACACUUCCUGUGACCCGGGAUACUACCGCCGCUUCGCCUGCACCUCACACACUCAGGGUUUGAGUCCAGGUUGUUACGACACCUACAGCGCUGACAUUGACUGUCAGUGGAUCGACAUCACUGAUGUCUCUCCUGGAAGAUACAUCCUCAAGGUGACAGUAAAUCCCCGGCAGCAGGUUCCAGAGUCCAACUUUAACAACAACGUGGUUCGUUGUGAUGUUCAGUACACAGGCACCUCUGCUCACAUCUCCGGAUGCAGCACAACAUUCUACUGAGAUCGACUCUGCAACAUGAGCUUGAACACAAACAGUGGAAACGCUGCAGAAGAAGAAGAAGCUUUUACAGUUACCAGUAAAUUAAAUAAUUCAGAUAAAGAAAAAUGUAGGGGGAAGCUUAGUUUAGAUGUUGAGUAAAUAUUAAGUUAUGUUACAGGUUUUGGAUUGGGUUGCACCAGCUUUUUAUAACUCCAGUGUAUAACUGGAUUGUUAUAUUAGCAAUCAGUCACGUCCUACUUAUCAUUAUGUUCUGUCACAUUUAUGUAAGCAUAGACUUCUACAGAUACCAGAUUUCAUCGUAAACAUGAAUUUAAAGAAAGCAAAAUAAAAAAGCACACUCCAACAAUAAUAAUAUCGAGAUAUACAAUAUCAAGAUGCACAACAAAAAAAGGCUUUAAAACGGAGUCAGCACUCAAAAAGACCCAUUCCAUCACAUUGCAUUGCACCACCAUACAAAAUGUUAUGCUUGUGUUACUUUAUGAUACACUUUGAUAUAUUUCAAUAUGAUAAAAUACGUCACAGUAUAAUACAUUACUUAGUUAGGGGGCAUUUCUUCUGGAUAUCAUGUCUGCUGUCAUUGUCUUGAUCUCUUGGCCUGCAGCCCUGUGCCCAUGACUUAGUCACAGCAGUUCUGAUAUUCUGAACAUCACUCCCUUGUCUUGAUAUUAUCAGCAAGGAUGAGUUAUUUAAAAAAUGAAUCACCCAAACUGCAUGCGCCCAAAAAUACAUGAUAGAUUCAGACCAAAAUCCUUUCUUAAUCCUGCUGUAAAAAUAGGACACAGUAAGGGCUGUUACUUGAACUUACAGAGCUUUUGCAGCCAGCCUCGAGUGGACAGUGGAGAACCUUUGGGUUUUCUUACCUCAGCACCGGCUCUUCUUUUACACAUCAGAUAGUUGCUGCUUGGUCUGAAGUUACAAAAAUCUGGUGCAACCUGAUGCUUUUAUUUUGUUUUAGAUUGUUCAGGUUCAUUAUUCUAUUUACAAAUUCAAAAGCAGAGAUUCUGUUCUUUUAUGCACAUCUUUCUGACAGCAUGAGUUAGUGGUCGCUUGUUUCAUAAACUUUGCACAUGUUCAGCAGCAGUUUUGUUGUUUUUUUCCUUUAAUUUACUUUUUCUUGUGUUAUGGGGAAUUUUUCUGUCAGUUUCCUUGAUUUCAUAUUUUAGAUUAAAAUAGAUAUCCAAACCAGGAAAGCUGUUUUUAAUCGGUGUCCCAAAAUUUUCUGAUAUCAACAUCUCAUCAUCAAAGUGAAAAAAGCAGAAUUAAAAGCCCAGAUUAAGAGGUCGUGAAUACAAAUAGACAUUCACGCUCUUCUUGGUCCUGCUAGACUCGGUGCAACAUGUGAUAAAAGCAAAUUUUUAUUUUCAUGUGUUUAUUUUAUUUGACAAUUUUUGGGAAAGUGUAAAAUGACAAUGUAACUUUCUAAUAAUAUUUAAAACACAAGGAUUUCUUGAACUUCCUGUUAAUUACGCCUUCUUCAUUUUUUCCUUUUUAUUGGUGCUAUAGAGGAGGCGUUUGGUUUUUGGUGCUAAAUAUGAUUUUAAAAUGUACUUCUUUUAGGUCCUAAUACUGCGUUUAAUCCAAAGUAUGUACCAGAGGAAAAAUAUAUGCUGGCAAAGAGAAAUUUUCUCAUGCCUGUGUGUCUGUUGUUGUUGAUGCUGUAUCGACAUACACAGUGUGUAUACUUUACUGUAACCACACAUUACUGCAGAGCUGUAUAUAAAUAAGCUCCUGUUCAGAUCAAUCUGCCUUACUAUGCCACAUUAAUAAAGUUUGCUUCAA